AGUUUCGUACAAAGAUGACAUAGCCAGUGCCGUGCCACGAGACUACGUGAAAGCGCACACUUUUUAAGUUUUUACGUUGGAACGAGGAAACCGUAACGGUCCCGUUGUUGCAGAACUAGCGACGACCCACCCCACUCCGUUGAGGGAAAGAGGCGAGACCGAGAGGCGGCUUGUUCCUUUUUAUCCGCCUUUUCAUAAAGACUAGCGAAAAUGGGCGAGCAUGGCCGUACCGACUCGUACCGCGUCGCCACCAUCGGACCCAUUAAGGAUGAUAAUAGAACCGCUGACGGACAGUACAAGACACGCCGGAAACCCCCCGCGAAAAAACGGAAAGCAGGAGACUUAGAUGAUCUCAAACAGGAGUUGGACAUCGAUUUUCACAAAGUAACACCCGAAGAGCUCUACCAAAGAUUUCAGACACAUCCAGAGAAUGGCCUUAGUCACGCGAAAGCGAAAGAGAACCUUGAACGAGAUGGUCCAAACGCACUCACGCCACCCAAACAGACACCCGAAUGGGUGAAGUUUUGUAAAAAUCUGUUCGGUGGCUUCGCAUUAUUACUGUGGAUUGGUGCUAUUCUUUGCUUUAUUGCCUACGGAAUCCAGGCGAGUACCGUCGAAGAACCUGCGGAUGACAACUUGUACCUCGGCAUCGUGUUGGCGGCUGUAGUCAUUGUUACGGGCAUCUUCUCAUACUACCAGGAAAGCAAGUCUUCGAAGAUCAUGGAAUCAUUCAAGAACAUGGUACCUCAGUUCGCUACCGUCAUUCGUGAGGGUGAAAAGUUAACGCUGCGCGCUGAAGACUUGGUGCUCGGUGACAUUGUUGAGGUGAAAUUCGGUGACCGCAUCCCAGCUGACAUCCGUAUCAUCGAGGCGCGAGGCUUCAAAGUAGACAACUCAAGUUUAACUGGCGAAUCUGAACCUCAGUCCCGUGGCUCCGAAUUUACUCAUGAAAAUCCUCUGGAAACCAAGAACUUGGCAUUCUUCUCUACCAACGCGGUUGAAGGCACGGCGAAGGGCGUUGUUAUUUGCUGUGGUGACAAUACGGUGAUGGGUCGUAUCGCUGGCUUGGCUUCGGGCUUGGACACUGGAGAGACCCCCAUUGCCAAGGAAAUCCACCACUUCAUCCACUUGAUUACCGGCGUGGCUGUGUUCCUUGGAGUCACUUUCUUCGUCAUUGCCUUCAUCCUCGGCUACCACUGGCUGGACGCUGUCAUCUUCCUUAUUGGUAUCAUCGUAGCCAACGUACCAGAAGGUCUGUUAGCCACCGUAACUGUAUGCUUGACCCUGACUGCCAAGCGGAUGGCUUCCAAGAACUGCCUGGUCAAGAAUCUGGAGGCCGUCGAGACCCUCGGAUCCACGUCAACCAUCUGCUCCGACAAGACUGGAACCCUGACACAGAACAGGAUGACUGUCGCCCACAUGUGGUUCGAUAACCAGAUCAUUGAAGCUGACACCACCGAAGAUCAAUCUGGAGUUCAAUAUGACCGCACCAGCCCCGGAUUCAAGGCCCUCGCCAAAAUCGCUACUCUUUGCAACCGAGCUGAAUUCAAGGGUGGUCAGGAUGGUGUCCCAAUUCUGAAGAAGGAAGUUGCCGGCGAUGCUUCAGAGGCUGCUCUGCUCAAAUGUAUGGAACUGGCUCUUGGUGAUGUCUUGUCUAUCAGGAAGCGCAACAAGAAGGCUUGUGAGAUUCCCUUCAAUUCAACCAACAAGUACCAGGUGUCGAUCCAUGAGAGCGAUGACCCCAGCGACCCUCGCCAUCUGCUUGUCAUGAAGGGAGCCCCUGAAAGGAUUCUGGAACGUUGCAGCACUAUUUUCAUUGGUGGAAAGGAAAAGGUAUUGGACGAAGAAAUGAAGGAAGCCUUCAACAACGCUUACUUGGAACUCGGAGGUCUUGGCGAACGUGUGCUCGGUUUCUGCGAUCUUCAGCUGCCCUCUGACAAGUACCCCAUCGGCUACAAGUUCAACACUGACGACCCUAACUUCCCAUUGGACAACCUUCGCUUCGUCGGCCUGAUGAGUAUGAUUGACCCUCCCCGCGCUGCCGUGCCUGACGCCGUUGCCAAGUGCCGAUCUGCCGGUAUCAAGGUUAUUAUGGUCACUGGUGACCACCCUAUCACUGCCAAGGCUAUUGCCAAGUCUGUAGGAAUUAUUUCUGAAGGCAACGAGACCGUCGAAGACAUUGCUGCCCGGCUCAACAUUCCUGUAUCUGAAGUGAACCCUCGCGAGGCUAAGGCUGCCGUUGUCCAUGGAACUGAGCUUAGGGAACUGAACUCUGACCAACUUGAUGAGAUUUUGAAGUACCACACGGAAAUCGUAUUCGCCCGUACCUCCCCGCAACAGAAGCUGAUCAUCGUGGAAGGUUGCCAGCGUCUUGGUGCCAUUGUCGCCGUAACUGGUGAUGGUGUGAACGACUCCCCCGCCCUGAAGAAAGCCGACAUCGGUGUUGCCAUGGGUAUCGCUGGAUCUGAUGUGUCUAAGCAGGCUGCUGACAUGAUCCUGCUCGAUGACAACUUCGCUUCAAUCGUAACUGGUGUUGAGGAAGGUCGCCUGAUCUUCGAUAACUUGAAGAAAUCUAUUGCGUACACCCUGACCUCCAACAUCCCUGAGAUCUCACCCUUCCUUGCUUUCAUCCUGUGCGAUAUCCCACUGCCCUUGGGCACUGUUACCAUCCUUUGCAUCGAUCUUGGAACUGACAUGGUGCCAGCGAUCGCGUUGGCCUACGAGGCGGCUGAAGCGGACAUUAUGAAACGUCCGCCUAGGAACCCAUUUUGCGACAAACUAGUCAAUGAGAGGCUUAUCUCCAUGGCGUAUGGUCAGAUUGGUAUGAUCCAAGCCGCUGCUGGGUUCUUCGUGUACUUCGUGAUCAUGGCUGAGAACGGAUUCCUGCCGAUGCACCUGUUCGGCAUCAGGAAGCAAUGGGACUCCAAGGCUAUCAAUGACUUGACUGACUCCUAUGGACAGGAAUGGACCUACCGCGACCGCAAGGCUCUGGAGUUUACCUGCCACACCGCUUUCUUCGUCUCCAUCGUCGUAGUACAGUGGGCUGAUCUGAUCAUCUGCAAGACUCGCCGCAACUCCAUCAUCCACCAAGGAAUGCGCAACUGGGCUCUGAACUUCGGUCUCAUCUUCGAAACCGCGCUGGCUGCGUUCCUCUCCUACACGCCUGGAAUGGACAAGGGAUUGAGGAUGUACCCUCUCAAGUUCGUGUGGUGGCUGCCUGCCAUUCCAUUCAUGCUGUCGAUCUUCAUCUACGACGAGAUCCGACGCUUCUACCUGCGCCGCAACCCCGGCGGCUGGCUCGAACAAGAGACUUACUACUAAACAGCACCGACCACUGUCCACACCGUCGUGCAUCAGAUAGUUACUGCGUACAUAAAGUUCAUUUGUGUUCUUAUAUCAGACUGACAGAGGUUUGCGGUGCCGUUCCGGUAUAUGUGUAAUCGCUGUCGUGUACGCUUCUCACCGCUUGUUACCGCAUCGCUCCGCACAGGGGCACCUGUGUCUGUACCUGUCGAGUGUUCUAUAUUAUUCUGAUGUUUCAUUGCGUAACGUGACCGAGAGGACGCGGCUGCGCUGGCGCCGGCCGGGCCCGCGCCCGCCCCGACCCACCGCACACUUUACACUAUCGUUUCUAACGAACUAUGUAUGUAUAUAUGCACAGUGGAGAAUGAACUUGAUAUUUGUGAUGAUAUAAAAAAUAUUUUACACAUAUUAUUUAAAAUCGUGAAUCAUGUUAUUUUUGUAUCGAGAUCGUUUUAAACGUUCGAGUAUCUCGACUGUCAUGCGACAAUUUGCUGAAUCUUUUCGAUAUGUUGAAUCUCUGGCUGACACGUAACGCUGAGCCGCGUGGUGCCGGCCGCG